AUGGCCCGUCACGGCGGGCUGUCCGCCGCAGCCACAGUCACCCGGAACCGGAAGCAGAUCUCAAAACUCUCAGAGGCCCGACUUCCGAAAUCACUGGAAGGCUCCGAGCUGCGCUCCCGGGGGCGGGGGCCGGUCCUGCCCAGGGCCCGGGACUCGACGCCGCUCUCUGCUGGCGAGGGGCGCGUGGCCGCGGCGGGAAGGCGGGAGGCGGGGCCGGACGAGGGCGCAGAUGCCCAUACAGCCGGCGGGGCCGCAGACUGUCCACGGGGACCCGGCGAGGCUCCGACCACGGCUGUCACCGGAGCGGUCAGGUUCCGAGAAAGACCCCAGAUUGCGGCAGGCGCGCCCCACGUUUGCGCCCAGGGCAGAGCAAGGAUCGCGACUGCAGGCUUUUUAAAAAGUAAAUGCUAUAAGAAGGGACUCAGGGCCCUGUCGUCGGUGUCUGGAUCGGGGGCACGUCCUUCUGGACGCCGGGCGCAGUUUGAGUGGGGAGUCCCCGCCCGAGUUCGUGGUUCCCGGGGCGCGGCCCUCCGACAGCUGUCGUCCAACUGCGCUGUCCCCCGCAAGCAGGCUCGGCCACCUCCCCGCUCUGCGACAGCACCCCUUCGUGUCCGCGCUCCGAGCAAAGGACCUCAGGGAUCCCAGGGGCUCCCGCUGGAAGUUGGGCUGAGGUUGAACAGGAAAGGCCCCAGCGGCUGCAGGAACCAGCUGUGGGGACGGGAGGGCUCCCCUGCCCCCAGGUACUACCCCGAAGAAUUGGAAACAGGUGUUCAAGCGAACACCUGUACACAAAUAUUCACAGCAGUAUGUUUAAGGCAGCCAAAGGGUGGAAAGAAACGUCACCAGCUGAUGGAUAAAAUGUGUCACAUGUGUAUCCUUACAACGGAAUGUUACUCAGCCACGAAGAGGAAGGAAGUGCUGAUGCAUGCUACAACACCAAUGAGUCUUGAAAACAUUAUGCAAAAUACAAAAAGUCACGAAAGGCCACAUAUUGUAUGAUUGCCUUUUAUUUGAAAUGUCCGGGAGAGGCAAAUCCAUAGAGGCAGAAAGUAGGUUAGUGGUUGCAGGGGCUGAGUGGUUGCAGUGGGGAGGGACUGCUAAAGAGUUCAUGGGCUUUCAUUUUGGGUGAUGAAAAUGUUCUAGAAUGCAAUAGUGGUGAUGGAUGCAUAAGUCUGAAUAUACUAAAAGCCACUGAAUUGUACAUUUAAAAGAGUGGA